ACAAAAGCACCCCUAGCAGUAUCGAAAAUUUCGUCCUCUCGACCAUUUCCCCAAACAGUGUGAAGAACAGUGUUGUAUUUUUAGUUUUCAGGAACAAAGCAGUUUCCUUUAGAGGAGUAAUGGAAAAUGGGAAGCCAAUAACAACCAUGUGCGCAGUGAUGGCUAUGGAUUACACCAAUUUCUGUUACAGAGUUUGUUCUAUCUGUGAGAGAACACUUCCUGUUAACCCAUCUUCUCUUUGCAAAUUCUGCAACUUCAACGCCUUUAAUCCCGGUUCUUCCUCCUCUAAACGCGUCUUCCGUCUUCUUAUGUCAAUUGCAACGGAUAAGAAAGUACAAACUGUAAUAUGCUUUGAUAGGGUUGCUAGGGUUCUGUUUGGUUGCUCUGCUGAUGAGUUUUUUGACUUUGCUAAGCUACAUCCUUUUGCUGUUGAAAUUUUGUUGCGUACUGCAGCUGAAACUGUAAGUGAAAUUCUGGAGGGAGAGAUGCUUAGAAUCACAAUAUCUAAACCAAAGAAUGGCAAUGCACAACACUCAAGAGUUGUCCAAAUUGUUCCUCUGAGUUCAUGUUUUCAACCAGCAAUUAUUAGACUGAGGGAAUUGUAUGGAGUAAAUUCCAAUUGAUACCUAUGGUUUCAUUUGCUGUUGGUAAUGGACAAAACAAGCAGUGGUUCCAUAAAGUGAAGAGAUGUGAUGUGGGCACCUCAAAAUAACCUAAUCCCAUCCCAUCCCAAGAAUGGACAAUAUUUUGUUAUUUGAUGUGAUUUUGUGUGCAGUGGAGAAGACUAUUGUAACUUGAAAGGAAGAAAGAAGGUAGGCAACAGUUACCUAUAUGUGGUGUACUGUAAUGAAAUUUUAUCGAUGGAUUUACGAUAAUGAGUCUAAGUCACAAAAGUAGUUGAAUUAGUUGUGAUCAGGUUAACCUAAAUAUUUUGCAAACUGAAUAGUUUUUCUUA